GGGAAACGUGAUGGAAAUUGUGUCAGUCUGCAAUGUAACCGAGAAAAUGUAAAAUGGAGCGUUCGUUUUUAAUACUUGUCAUGGCCAGUUUAAUAGCCAUGGAGUUGGGGGUGCACGCUGGAAAAAGUGAUGGGCGGUGGAAAUACAUCAAGAAGCCAGCGUCCAAGAACAAAGUCAAAACCAGCAGUGAGGUAACAACUACGAGCUCAGAUGACCAAGACGAGAAAAGAGCCGAGGAUAUGUUGGACGAAAACGAAGAAUCCCCACAGCCGGAAUCUGGCGAUGGAGAUAUAGGAGGUGAAAAUUCUGGAAAUGCAGUGGGAGAGCCAGUGGAAAACCCAGCAUCGGGUAUUGAAACUGCAGUUUCAGGAGAUGAAAAUGGAAAUUCAGAGAACAAGGACCCAGCUUCAGGAGACGAAAAUACAGUGUCAGUAGCAUCAGGUGAUGAAAACCCAGCUCCGGUAAAUGGAAAUGCAGCGUCGGGGGAUGAAAAUCCAGCGUCAGGGGAUGAAGCUGCAGUAGAUUCGUCUGCCGAUGGACAAGCUGAUCAUGGUGCUAGUAAUAAUCCCGAUUCAAAUAGGGAAAGUGAUAAUAAUGGAGGCGAAAAUCCAGAGGGAGACAAUCCCCACUCAGCAUCGACCAAGUUUUCGUUGACUGACGAAGAAGAGCCCAUAGGAAGCACGACGCCAAAACUGACGGCUCUUUAUACAAAUGAACUAGGAGAACCAGUAACAAACUAUAAGCCUACUCCAAAGAUAUACAAAAUGCGGAGAACCUCGACCACCAUCAUCAAUGGCAGAAGAAUCAAAAUCGUGAACAACAGGCGAGGCUGGAAUAGACAGACCAUUUUACAUUCAGGAGAUUGAAAGAGUCUGUUUCAACUUGCAAUAAAAUAAUUCAAAAUUAGUAAACAAUCAGA